CCAGGGAAAGUUUCUGCUGCGACCACAACGAGCGGUCCUAGUGCCUCCAUGUACCCUAACCGCCAUUAAACAAAAAUAAAGAAGAAGGACGAAGCCAACUUGGAAGUGGUCCAUUGAAAGGUUGAUAGCGCGACUGUAGAAUGUAGUAUGGACCAUAGGACAGGACGAAGACCUCCUGUACUGUAGAAUGUAGUAUGGACCAUAGGACAGGACGUUAAGAAGCUGUGGAGGCCUAAGAUGCUCUACUAGUCUGCUGGAAAUCCAAAGAAGACGAAGGAGUCAAAAGCAAAAUGGCGUUUGACAGAGAAGGCCUAAACGUGGCCACUGGCCAUUAUUGUUUCUCUAUUUGUAUUUAGUGCAUACAUGUACGCAUAUAUGUCGUGUAGUAGAUGAAACAUUGUUAGUCAUUGUUUGUAUCCGGAUACAUUAGUCUGAGCGCACUUUAUCAAGUCUUGUGCUAGUUAGCUUAGCUUGCUAGUUAGCGUAGCUUGUUAGCUGCUAACAAAGAGACGCGGACGUUAUCAACACAUCGCUAAGUAGAGAUCAAAUGUGAGUGUAAAGUGUUGUGAUUGUGGGAAAAUGUGCGAAAGAACGAUAGCAAAGUAUGAGGAGGAACUUUGUCCAACAAAAGAGGAGAAGGAGCGACAACAUCAACUACUGGACGCUGUUUUCAAGAAGCAUCAAGUUGUGUUACACAGAACAGACAUCCAGCAUCCCCGCCACAUUAAAGAGGAAGAGGAGGAUCCAAAGCCCCCCCACAUUAAAGAGGAAGAGGAGGAUCCACAGCCGCCCCACAUUAAAGAGGAAGAGGAGGAAGUGUGGAUCACUCAGGAGGAAGAGUGUCUUCUCGGGCAGGAGGAGGCUGAUCUCACCAAGUUUCCACUGACUGUUGUCUCUGUGAAGACUGAAGAGCAUGAAGACAAACCACCUGAGUCCUCACAGCUUCAUCACAGUCCAAACGUCUGUGAAGAACAACUUCUGCCUGAAAAACAGGAGUGUAGCUUCAGGAUGGUGAAGGAGGAUCCAUCAAAGAGGAAGACCAGGCGCCACAGACCCUCUGGUGUCUCCUUUUCCUCUUUGACACAGACCCUGCCCUGUAAAAAGGAAGAGGAAGACUCACUGACACCCCACAUUAAAGAGGAAGAGGAGGAACACAGCAUCAGUCAGGAGGGAGAUCAUCUUGUAGGACUGGUGGAGUUCCCAGUGACUGGUGUCCCUGUGAAGAGUGAAGAUGAUGAGGUCAAAGGUGAAAGUGAGGAGAAGAGCAGCAGCUCAACACAACACAUGACAACAGAAGCUGAUGGAGACCACUGUGGAGGAUCACAAGCAGACAAGCUCUUAGCUCCACUAUCAGAUAGUGAGGACACAACGUCACACUCUCCUGACACUGAUGAUGAAGACUCUAAAGAUGAUAAGACAUGUCACACUGACAACACUCACUUCAAAUGUUCUCACUGUGACAAAACCUUUAUAUACCAUUGUCGUCUGAAAACACACAUGAGAACACACACUGGAGAAAAGCCUUUUCCCUGUUCAAUAUGUGGUAAAGCUUUUGUACACAGUCAGUAUUUGAAAGCACACAAGAGAAUACACACUGGUGAAAAACCUUUUAUCUGUUCAAUCUGUGGUCAAGGUUUUGCACACAGUUUAUAUUUGAAAAAACACAGAACAAGACACACUAGAGCAAAAUCUUUUAUCUGUUCAAUCUGUAGUAAAGGUUUUGCAGAAAGUGGCAAUUUGAAAAUACACAUGAGAACACACACUGGUGAAAAACCUUUUAUCUGUUCAAUUUGUGGUCAAGGUUUUGCACACAGUUUAUAUUUGAAAAAACACAGAACAAUACACACUAGAGAAAAAUCUUUUAUCUGUUCAAUCUGUAGUAAAGGUUUUGUAGAAAGUGGCAAUUUGAAAGUACACAUGAGAACACACACUGGUGAAAAACCCUUUUCCUGUUCAAUCUGUGGUAAAGGUUUUGUUGAAAGUGGCAAUUUGAAAGUACACAUGAGAAGACACACUGGUGAAAAACCCUUUUCCUGUUCAAUCUGUGGUAAAGGUUUUGCACAAAAUGACACUUUGAAAAUACACAUGAGAACACACACUGGUGAAAAACCUUUUUCUUGUUCAAUCUGUAGUAAAGGCUUUGUAGAAAGUGGCAAUUUGAAAGCACACAUGAGAACACACACUGGUGAAAAACCUUUUAUCUGUUCAAUCUGUGGUAAAGGUUUUGUAGAAAGUGGCACUUUGAAAGUACACAUGAGAAGACACACUGGUGAAAAACCUUUUUCCUGUUCAGUCUGUGGUAAAGGUUUUGUACAAAAUGACACUUUGAAAAAACACAUGAGAACACACACUGGUGAAAAACCUUUUCCCUGUUCAAUCUGUGGUAAAGGUUUUGUAGAAAGUGGCAAAUUGAAAGUACACAUGAGAACACACACUGGUGAAAAACCGUUUUCUUGUUCAAUCUGUGGCUUAUCUUUUUCAAGGAAGGAACAUUUGAAAGUACACAUGAGAACGCACACUGGCGAAAACCCUUUUUCCUGUUCAGUCUGUGGUAAGAGUUUUUCAAAUAGUGUCAAUAUGAAAACACACAAGAGAACACACACUGGCGAAAAAACACAUUCCUGUUCUAUCUGCAACAGAAGUUUUUGUAACCAAUCAUACCUUGUAGCACACAUGAUAAAACACACAGGAGAGAAAGUGUGUAGUUGCAGUGUGUGUGGUGAAGGAUUGUCUUCUAAGUACCAGUGUAAGAAACACAAGUGUGCUGGUGAGAACAGCAGCAGCAAAUGAAACUGCAGGAUUUGAAAUAAACUGUCAAGACUUUAAUUUGGACUUUCUAACAACAUCAGCACAUAUAACAUGUGUGACAUUGUUGUUUGUGUAACAAUCUUUUUAAUAUGCUUCUACAUUUAUAGAUAAGAUAUUUUAUAUUAGUGCUUUUUCCAGUCUAGUUCAUGCAUUAAUAUGCAACAUUGUGUACUUUUAUUCAAAUUUUAACAGAACAAUUUGACUGAAAAGGUGAGUGUAAACAGUACACAACAUAUUUUACAUACAAUAAACAUUUUAUGUGUAUAUAUAUUAAUCAGACAAUUUAAGACUUGUCCAUAAUAGUGUUUUAUAGGUGUUUGAAAUAUUGAAGUGUUACAUAGUUUUAUAUGUAAUUGUUUAUGAUCCCAUAGAUUAGCACCUUUAUAUGAUAUACAUAUGUACUGAUUCGCAUCUGAAACAUCUUCUGGACCACUUCAGGAAGCAUAUUAUUUACUUUAUAUAUCAUCUGAACCAGUCUUAUAUACAAUUUUAAAAUGUGUGACUUUAUGAAUUAUUUGUUUUAUUACUCUCUUUUUGUAAUAUGAUGAUUGUGUUGUGAUUGGUUUAUAUGUAUGUCUCCAGACCUUUAUGCAGUAUAAAAGUGAGAGGACAUAACUGAAUUGUUUGUGGAAGAAUGGUUUUGUUUUUACAAACUUACAUUUGUGGAUAAAACAAAAACUCCCAUUAUUGUGUUUUUAAAAAAUGUUAUGUUUUUUCUUUUCUUUUUAACAUCCCCAAAACAAUAUCAAUUUCAGAAAACAAGUUU